GUCCCAUAUCCGCAUGUGGGAGGAGCUGUUUGGGGUGUUGUGGAUCUAUCUGUAAAGGGAAAAAAAUUCAGUGGGAGUGAUUGUCAGCUCUUUUGUUUCUUAUUGACAUAUUACAGUUCAUAUUGAUACGAAUUGAAAUAGCUAGCUAUAGCCAUGCCUGGAAUAGAUAAAUUACCGAUAGAGGAGACAUUCGAAGACAGUCCGCAGACGCGCUCCCUGCUCGGCGUGUUUGAGGAGGAUGCAGCUGCCAUAUCGAAAUACUCCCAGCAGCUCUUCCAGGCCAUGCACAGAAUCUAUGAUGCACAGAAUGAGUUGAGUGCUGCCACCCAUCUCACCUCCAAACUUCUGAAGGGGUAUGAGAAACAGCGUUUCCCUCUUUGCUGCGAUGACGAGGUCAUGAGCUCCACUCUGCAGCAGUUUGCCAAAGUCAUAGACGAGCUGAGUUCCUGUCAUGCAGUGCUGUCCACUCAGCUGGCUGAUGCCAUGAUGUUUCCCAUCACUCAGUUUAAGGAGAGGGACUUAAAAGAGAUCCUGACCCUGAAGGAAGUGUUCCAGAUUGCCAGCGAUGAUCACGACAUGGCCAUCAACAGAUACAGCCGUCUCUCUAAAAGGAGGGACAAUGAGAAGGUGAAGGGCGAGGUGAUGCAGGAUGUGUACACCUCCAGGAAGAAGCAGCACCAGACCAUGAUGCACUACUUCACAGCCCUCAACACGCUGCAGUACAAGAAGAAGAUGUCCCUCCUGGAGCCACUGCUGGGAUACAUGCAAGCACAGAUCAGCUUCUUCAAGCUGGGAUCAGAGAACCUGACCCAGCAGUGGGAAGACUUCCUCACCGACAUAGGAACCAGUGUUCAGAAUGUCCGCAGGGAGAUGGCCGGGGAGGUGGAUGUGAUGCAACAGACCAUCCAGGAUAUGGAGCAGGCCAAUGACCUCCUCUACAUGCCCGACCCUGACCCCAGCCUGGUUCCUGUCAACCGCAACCUCACACGCAAGGCCGGCUACCUCAACACUCGCAAUAAAACGGGCUUAGUGUCUUCAUCCUGGGAGCGGCAGUACUUCUUCACCCAGGGAGGGAACCUGAUGAGCCAGGCGCGGGGGGACGUGGCGGGGGGUCUUGUCAUGGAUAUAGACAACUGCUCCGUCAUGGCCGUGGACUGUGAGGACCGACGCUUCUGCUUCCAGAUCACAUCCUUCGACGGCAAGAAAGUGGCCAUCUUGCAGGCAGAGAGCAGGAAGGAUUGUGAAGAGUGGAUUGCAACGAUUAACAACAUCUCAAAGAGGAUAUAUCUCAGUGAGAACCCAGAGGAGAUCGCAGCCAGAGUGAACCAAUCAGCUCUUGAGGCUGUGACACCGUCUCCCUCCUUCCAGCAGAGGCAUGAGAGUUUGCGGCCGAGCACACAAGGGCGGCCACCGGCAGCGCGGGCCAGCAGUGUGAGCUCGGCAGGCUCUGAGACGGCCUCCCCGGCCCUCUCCGUCCUCUCCUUGGACGCACUGGUGGCUCCAAACACGCCCAUCCAGUUUGACAUCAUCUCUCCAGUCAGCGAGGAGGACGCAGGACGGGCGAAGGCUGCCGGACUGGGAAGAAGGACCAAUCCUUUUGGUGAAUCCGGAGGCACACCAGCUGAGGAGAGUGAAGGCUCUAUCCUGCACCAGCUGUUCUUUGCGCGUUUCCUGGGCUGUAUGGAGGUGCAGAAUGCGGACAGCUCUGACGUCAUCUAUGAGACCAUGAGACAGAUCCUAGCAGCCAGAGCCAUACACAACAUCUUCAGGAUGACAGAGUCUCACCUGCUGGUCACCUGUGAAUGCCUGAAGCUAAUCGAUCCUCAGACACAAGUCACACGGCUGAGGUUCCCUCUCUCCAGCGUGGUGUUGUGUGCUGCCCACCAGGAGAACAAGCGUCUGUUUGGAUUUGUUCUGCAGACUGCAGAAGGCAUGGUGGACGGACGACCAAUCAUUGUCUGCUACAUCUUUGAGUCCAACAAUGAUGGGGAAAAGAUCUGUGACAGUGUGGGGCUGGCCAAACAGAUAGCGUUCCACUCAGAGAUGGAUCGCAAAGCCACGGAGAAGAAGAAGGAGCAGGACAGGGCCAAGGAGAAACAGCAGGAGGAGCUGAGUAAACAGAAACAGAUAGAAAAGGACCUAGAGGAACAGAGCCGUUUGAUUGCCGCCUUCAGUCGCCCCACCCCCCUUGCCGCUGGCACUGACGGACAGUUCCUGGUGCUGAGCAACAGCCAGUCAGAGGACAGCGAUGCAGGAGUGGAGGGGCGGGAGAAGGGUGAGUCAGAGGCCUAACAGAAUGGAACCGAGAGAUGUUACUGUUGGCUUUCACUGAAUACUACUUUGGAUGACCAAACCACUGGAAGUCAGUCAUUUUCAAUGGAGUAAGGCAACUUGAAGAGGUGACUUGAGGAGACCAUGCAACCGUUGGGGACAAUUUCACCAAGUUGAGCCAAAGUUCAACUUUUACGCAAAUCAUCAGCGAUGUAACUGCUGGCUUUGAUCCUCUGCUGGAUAGGCUACCCCCCCCCCCCCCCCCCCCCCCCAAUGUGCUGUUAAGAGGAAACACCCACGAGAGACAUAGCCUUGUCCCAGAUCUGUUUGUGCUUUUGCCUACUCCAUUGUUAUUGUCGAACCAAACAAUUGCAUGACAAUUCCAUAAGGAGUUGGCAAGAGAGCAGAAACAGACUCACACCCAGGCUACAAGGGACAGGCUUGACUAUGUGUUACCACAAAGUAGUAUCCCAUGAAAACAGACAGUUAGAGGUGGACUUGGUUCCUCUCCAGACGCCCACCUUGGCUCCUCAACCCUGGGCCUGCACAAACACAGCCUCUCUCUGGUUUCACCUCUGGCUCCUACUGUUGGUCAAUGAAGGAACAGGAUUCAGAGUGCAGAUAGACUUGAUCAAUAAAGGGCAAAAAAUAUAUACUUUAUAACAUAAAAAACUAGAAGAAAAAAAAGACCCCACAAGCUAAGAAAAGAAGAGUAGAAAAAGAACCAUGUGACUGAACAAUCAAAAGAAUCCUUCCGGAUCAUUCUCCACCUUGUGUAAAUGAUCAUGUAUUUUAUACUCGCAAUUAUAUAGAAGUAUACUGUCAGAUAAUAUGGAAGAAGAAAAAUAAUGCUUUUCUGGUUUUGUUUAUUUGGAAAUUCAGGUGCAGUUCUGACUGAAUACUAUGGCUUCCUAAAAGUUAGAGAUUAUAGAGUGUACUAAUAUGGAGGGAAGACAUUGCACAUGUUAAUACUGCAAUAAUAGAUUUCUGUAUUGUUUGCGUAAACAGUAUACAUAUUGUCUAAUUAAGCAAUAAGGCCCGAAGGGGUGUGGUAUAUGGCCAAUAUACCAUGGCUAAGUGCUGUUCUUAUGCACGAAGAAACACCAAGUGCCUGGAUACAGCCCUUAGUCGUGGUGUAUUGGCCGUAUACCCCCCCCCCCCCCCAAGGUGCCUUAUUGCUAUUAGAAACUAUUUACCGAUAUAAUUAUAGUAGUAAAACAUGUUUUGUCAAACCCGCGGUAUGCGGUCUGAUAUACCAUGGCUGUCAGCCAAUCAGAAUUCAGAGCUCGAAGCACCCAGUUUAUAAUCUACAGCUGUGAAAAAGUAUGAUUUCUUUCUGUUUUUGCAUAUUUUUGAUACUGAAUGUUAUCAGAUCUUCAACCAAAACCUAAUAUUAGAUAAAGGGAACCUGAGUUUACAAAUAACAAAAAAAAGGUCAUACUUAUUUUAUUGAUUUAAUUAACAAAGUUAUGCAACACCCAAUUCCCCUGUGUGAAAAAGUGAUUUCCCCCUUACACUCAGUAACUGGUUGUGCCACCUUUUAGCUGCAAUGACUGCAACCAAAUGCUUCCUGUAGUUGUUGAUCAGUCUCUCACAUCGCUGUGGAGGAAUGUUGGCCCACUUUUGCCUGCAGAACUGCUUUAACUCAGCAACAUUUGUGGGUUUUCAUGCAUGAACUGCUCGUUUCAAGUCCUGCCACAACAUCUCAAUUGGGAUUAGGUCUGGACUUUGACUAGGCCAUUCCAAAACUUCAAAUGUAUUGCUUUUUAGCCAUGUUCAUGUAGACUUGUUUUGGAUCAUUGUCUUGCUGAAUGACACAGCUGCGCUUCAGCUCACAGAUGGAUGGUUUGACAUUCUCCUGCAGAAUUCAUGGUUCCUUCUAUUGAAGCAAGUCGUCCAGGUCCUGAGGCAGCAAAGCAUCCCCAAACCAUCACACUGCCACCACCAUGCCUGAUCGUUGGUAUGAGGUUCUUACUGUGGAAUGCAGUGUUUGGUUUUCGCCAGGCAUAAUAGGACCCAUCUCAUCCAAAAGGUUGACUCAAGUUUGCCAAAAAAGCACCUGGAUGAUCACCAAGACUCUUUGAAGGAUGAUUUAUGGACAGAUGAGUCAAAAGUAUGACUUUUUGGACGGCAUUGGUCCCGUUAUGCCUGGCGGAAACCUAACACUGCAUUCCGCAGUAAGAACCCUGGUUCUCGGCGGUGGUGUGAUGGUUUGGGGAUGCUUUGCUGCCUCGGGACCUUGUCUACACUCAGCCUCUCGUCGUUAGCUAACAGGUUUGCAUGUGCUUUGGAUCCUAUCAUGAAGAUAAAUAAUUGUCACAUACAUCCUUGUCAGUUCUUUUUUUCCCUCCAUAACAUUAUUACUACCAUUUGAAUGAACCAUGUUUUGUUUCGAGUGUGUUUUGGUUUCAAGAUGAUGAUGUUGAUCUUGUACCCCUAACACCAAUAGUGGUAUGCUCAUGAAUGAAUCAACUUAUUGCUAUACCUUCUUCCUGAAGUGUCAAUGUAUUCAUCUGCCAGGUUGAAGCAAGAACAAUACUGUAUUACAAAGUGCUAAAUUUAGGGCUGUGGCUUUAAGGUGUUGUUUUUUUUCACCCGUUAAGUAUGUUAAUCUGUAAUGUAUUGGAAUGGUUUGUAUGUUUUCUCAGAUAAUUUCUGUAUAAAGAAGCACACUACGUAUGUAAGCUAUGUAUAGGACAUAUUUCCAGAGGUGUUCGCCGACCUUUACCCAUUGCUCAGAUGUAAAUUUGUUCUGAGCUCUGACUGCAAAUUUGAUCAGCUCAUAGAGAAUACAACUACCAUAUCAACAAAGUGAAAUUGAUUUGGUUUAUAUAAAUAGAAGUGAUAUCCCAGAAGGGUUGAGAAUAUUUAUUAUUUCCAUUUUGGGGAAAGGUUUUGGGAGUGGUAAACUGGGUAACCUAGAUGUUAAUAUGGGGGGCUGCACUUUAGUACUUUAUGCAGUGGGGGAUAUGCACCUAUUUAAUGUACAUAUUUCAGUGAUUACUGUUUCAGUGUCCUAAAAUAGCUUUUCAACAAUAAAUAUACACUAAUUCAAGGA